CUCGCAGCACUUUAUUUUACUGUCUUUACCUUUUUUCCCCAACGGCAUAUAAUCAUCAUCGCGCACCUCCUAUAGCAAAAGAUCGGGUUAAACCAUGGAGAAGUCUACGCAUGAACCAACGGCGGACGAGAAAUAUGAAGUUUCGUCGUCAUUAGAAAAAGGAACAAAUGCAGAUAAUGGCGAUACACGUUUCAUCAAAUCUCCUGAGGAGAGGAAACUGGUCAAAAAGAUCAACUGGGUUUUCAUGCCUUUGGUUAUCAUGAUUCUGUUUGUCCAGUUCAUUGACAAAUCAACCUUGACCGUAAGCGCACUAUUUGGCAUUUACGAGGAUACGGGAAUUACGCACGACGAAUUCGGCUGGUUAGGCAGUCUUUUUUACAUUGGUUAUCUAGCAAUUCAGCUACCAAACCAGUAUUUGUUACAACGUGUGCCUAUCUCCAAGUACCUUGGCGUGAUCCUUAUGAUCUGGGGUGUCACCUUAGGGUGCCAUGCGCUCGGUAGAAAUUUUGCCGAAUUAGCUGGUUUGCGCUUCCUUCUCGGGUUCUGGGAAGGAUGCACUUAUCCAGCGAUCUUUUUGCUUAUUAGUACAUUGUACCGACGUUCUGAGCAAGUUAUUUGGUUCGGCACUAUGUUUGCUACGAACGCUGCAGCCAUCUGUAUUGGAAGCAUCAUAGCUUACGGCAUAGGACACAUGGAUGGUCAUCUUAAUAUCCGUGCAUGGAAAUGGGCCAUGAUUAUUUUUGGCAUUGUCACUUUCUUUUUGGGUUUCCCGUUCUAUUUAUUUCUUGCGGACAAGCCAAAGUCGCGAUGGUUUCGUCUCACGCCUGAAGAAGAAAAAAUUGUGGACGAGCGCACGCGCGACAAUGCAGUUGUCCAGAACCGAGAAAUCAAAAGAGACCAUAUUCUUGAAGCCCUCAAAGAGCCUCGUUUAUACUGCUUUUUCUUCUGUUCCCUUUUCCUCAACCUCCAAAAUGGUGCCAUUUCAACUUUUGCCUCGCAAAUUAUUAACCGUAUGGGUUUCAGUUCAUUGACAUCGGUUAUUUUGAAUAUCCCAUAUGGUGCUAGUAUUGUACUUUUUGUUGCAAUCGCUACUGUCCUCAGUCAUCGCUUCCAGGAAAUUGGAAUCAUAGCAAUCAUUAGUUGUAUCCUCCCACUCCUUGGUGCCAUUCUGUUGCUCGUUCUUCCACUCGGUCCUGUUCAGUUGCUUGGAUUGUAUUUGAGCACCACAAGUCCAGCUUACACUCUACUACAGACGUACAUCUCGAGCAAUGUUGGUGGAUAUACAAAAAAGAUUUUCUAUACGAGCGCGAACAUUGUCGCCUUUUGUUUGGGCAAUUUUGUUGGCCCUAUUAUGAUGGUUGGCCACACAGCACCUAGAUAUACUCCGGCAAUGAUAGGUUUUAUUGUGGCCGACUUUUUAACCGCUCUCAUGUUCUUGUACGUUCGUUGGUCUCAAAAUAAGGAGAAUAAUCGACGAAAGCAUCUCGAAGAAAAGGGAUUAAUUUCACCACCGCCUCCCAAUCGCGAGUUACUAGACUUAACAGACAAAGAAGACUUAUCAUACCGAUACCGUCUUUAGAAUGUUUCUAUUAUUUCACUGUUGUAGUAGUAUUUAAAGAAAUGUAUACAUAUCACCCCUAUCUUCUAUGGAUAUAUGUCAUCACUAACAAACUCUUAUGUAAUUGCUUCGUAAUUUCCCCCAUUUUAAAUAUAUUAUGUUGUCGAAUAAAGAU